AUGGCUAUCGAGGAGGCACUGCGACGCCCGUCGAGGGCCUCUGUUGGGCGCUCAGAAACAGGACCCGACACAGACAAGGCGGACCGCGGGUUGGAGGACUUGGGAUAUACCCCAGAACUGGCGCGUAACCGUUCCAUCUGGCAGGUCACCUUCAUGUGCUUCAUCCUGUCGUCUGUUCCCUACGGCUUGUCGACUACGCUAUAUUAUCCCCUCGCUGCCGGUGGCCCCGCCAAUAUCAUUUGGGGAUGGGUCCUCGUCUCGUUCCUGAUCUUGUGCGUCGGCAUCUCCCUCGCGGAAAUCACCUCGGUUUAUCCCACGGCUGGUGGUGUCUACUACCAAACAUUCGUCCUCUCACCACUAUGGUGUCGUCGCGUUGCAUCGUGGAUUUGCGGCUGGUCAUACGUUGCUGGAAAUAUUACCAUCACCCUCGCCGUCAAUUUUGGAACAGCUUUGCUUUUCAUCGCUUGCCUCAACGUGUUUGAAUAUGCCGAUGGAACCGGCAUCACCGAUAAUUUCCAGGCGUAUCAGACCUUCUUGAUCUUCUUGGCGAUUACCCUUCUCACUCACGCCAUCUCCGCCUUUGGAAAUAAGUGGCUGCCCUGGCUCGAGACUUUUGCCAUCUUUUGGACUAUCGCUGGCUUGGUCGCCAUUGUCGUAUGUUUGUUAGCUGUUGCAAAGGAAGGUCGUCAUUCGGGUGCCUGGGUCUUUGGUCACUUUGAGCCGCAGGCCGGCUGGCCAGCUGGCUGGUCCUUCUUUAUCGGACUCUUGCAAGCCGCCUAUGCCACCUCGGCCACUGGCAUGAUUGUCUCUCUUUGCGAAGAGGUUCAGGAGCCCGCCAUCAUGGUCCCCAAGGCCAUGGUUGGCACGGUGAUCAUCAACACGAUCGCCGGUCUCAUCUUCUUAAUCCCUGUAUGCUUCGUUCUCCCUGAUGUGACGAUGCUAAUCAAUCUGGCUUCUGGUCAGCCCACGCCAGUGAUUUUCAAGCACGCGCUCGGCAGCUCAGUUGGGGCCUUCUGCCUCAUGAUUCCUUUGCUUGUUCUCGGCCUCAUCUGCGGUGUUGGAUGUGUGACGGCUACCUCGCGCUGUACCUGGGCCUUUGCUCGUGAUGGUGGUAUUCCCGGUUCUGACUGGUGGAAAACAGUCAACAAGAAGCUUGAAAUUCCACUGAACGCUCUGGGAUUGGGUAUGGCGGUCGAGAUCGUACUAGGACUCAUCUAUUUCGGUUCAACCGCUGCUUAUAACGCCUUUUCGGGUGUCGGGGUCAUCUUCCUGACCACAAGUUAUGCGUGCCCGAUCGCUGUCUCGCUGUUCUUCCGCCGUCGUGAGGACAUCAAGAACGGUAGUUUCAACUUCGGAACCUUUGGUGCGAUCGCCAAUGUGAUCGCUCUCGCCUGGAGUCUCCUCGCCAUCCCCUUGUUCUGCAUGCCGACUCUCGAGACCGUCACUCUGCAAGAUAUGAACUAUGCAUCGGUAGUAUUCGUUGGAUUUGUUUCCAUUGCUGCCGUUUGGUACAUUGUUUGGGGAUAUCAGAACUACCGUGGCCCGCCUACCGAUGCAGUUGAAAACGAUAGCGACUCCCCCCUCAGUGCCCGAAGCAACCGCCGAGCUCCCCAAGCUCAUUUUCGAAACCAACAGCAAGGCCCAGGCUGA